AUGUCCAUGUCGUUCACUCACUCAGCUAAGCCACUUUCGGCUCAGCAUCUUCAUUUCAACCACAUCAGCAACAGCGAAUACUAUCCACACCCUCCUGGCCAUCCCUCACGUACCUCUAGCCACAACUCAUCGCUGCUCAUGAUGCAGCCACACCAUGUACAACUUCAUCACGAUGCUACUCGUCCACUUUGUCAAGUUGCAAUAUUCUGGGAUUAUGAGUCAUGUCGUCCUGCAGGACUCAUGCCAGCGUAUACGAUUGUUGACAACAUUCGCGACGCCUGCUUGGGAUACGGCUCUAUCACUCUCUUCAAAGCAUAUAUCGAACGCCAUGAUAGCUCCCCCUAUCGUCCACCAUUGACUCAUCAUCAUAGUCAUCCCCAAUCACAACCAUCUUUUCACCAGCCAUCGCUCCGGGAUCAACUCCAAAACUUUGGAGUCUCUCUCAGCUAUUACACAAGUCCUCACCGCUCCUCACCGAUUCCAUACUCUACCAGCCGAUCCUCUUAUCCCUCAACAACCGGCGUCAGCGGCGGGGUAGGGCCGACCUCUUCUCUCUCUCCCUCCGUGCAGAGCGGUAUAUCAUCCUCCCAACUCCUAGUGGAUAUGCUCCUAUUCGCGUUGGAUCAUCCUGCACCCAAUACCGUUAUCGUUCUGAUAACGGCCGAGGAGCUGUCACCACACGCCCUCUCCGCCCUCCGUCAACGGCAUUAUACCAUAGUUUUAAUCACGCCAAAAAGCGCGACAGACGGGCUGCCUCUGCGUGCGAGUAUGGCCGCUCAGGCUAAUUUCGUGUUGGACUGGGCAGCCGUUAUGCGUGGAGCGUCCACCGGCUCAAUAACUGCAGGCCUCGGCACUGCACAGGGUACUGCAACUCCAACAGCCGUUGAAGGAACCGGCCGUCGAGAGAAUGAACAAACGGACAUCAGCGGCGAUGUGGACCCGGACAACGCAACACCAACGGGAGACAACGGUAACACGAAUACGCUAACUGGGGUCAUGACGACCUCUCCGAGUGCUUUCAGUGCUAUUCUUCACCCGUUGGCGACAUCGCCAACCACCCGCCACAUGACUCCAGCCGGGACAGUGAGUAGUGGAGGGACCGUCGUUGAUGCCCCCGGUGAUAGUCUCUCACAAGGGGACGUGUCCACUGCAGGCAUGGUCACGACGCAGGACACUCAAACUAGCCUUGUCAGUGGGUCUCCUUUUUUUGGAGGCGCUGGGGCGGAUCGUGGUCAAUCUGGGUCACGUCCGCUGUUGCCUGGUGUUACCAAGCCUGGUUCAAACUCCUCCAUCUCGUCUCGCCCGACCAGCCGGCACCUCUCCUCAUCCGCGCUGGUGAAUCCGAACCCAUUGUUCCCAGCGAGCUCCGCACAGAACACGGCUAGGGAUCCUGACAACCACGACGACAACGAGGGAGCAGAUGAGCGCGCGUCUGAAAACUAUGCGGCGCAUGGGACGACGGGGGCAUCUACCUUGAACACACAAGCUGCACCCUUUCAGCCCUUUCGUGCCCACUCUACCGGGCUUGGUGGGCUUGCUUCCCGCUCAACUCACCAACCUGGGAGCCUCUCUCGCGUCUGGGGUCACUUUCCUACCACGUCCUCGGGCACUACUGGACCAGGUUUGGGCUCGCCUCUUUUCCCUGUCCGUAGGCUCUCGUCCGGAAACGCGAAUGCCACCGCUAACACCAGUGGUCCCUCUGCGACGAGAGCUGCCACAGACACCCCCAGCGGUGCUUUGACGGCCUUGAACACCAAUGUGGGUGCUGAGGCUGGACCCCCCUCGUCAACCUCGACCCUGUCUUCUCUUGCGUCGCCUACCCCGAGCUCCAACUGGACACAGAGUCCUCCGUUACCUGUGCCGCUCCCGACACCGCAGCACACGAGCGUCUUCAGUCCGCUAAGUGCUUCAGGUAUAGGUGAAAGGAUGCGAGCGUCCUCGACCGUGUCGACAUCACCGACCGAGCCUCUUGCCCGACGUUCUUCUCAAUAUCAGCAGCCGCAAUAUCCUACUCAACCACAGCCCAUUCCAAAUGCACCAUUUACCAACCCUGCCCGUGGCUCUAAUACAGGGUUUGGAAUGGGUACAUCUCCAGCCAACACGAGAGACAAUGCUGGUGUCCCAGCGAGCUUGAGUCAUUCGCAUGGCCAGGGUAUACAAUCACCCCGUUACAUGUCGCCGCCUCCCAUGCUCACCUUUGUCCCGCAACGCCAGCAGCACCAACAUCAGGGGUCUAUUGGUCGUUUCCAGAACGCCCAACAGCAGCAGCAACAACAAAUGGCGGCGGCGCAACAAAUGCAACAGGCACUGUACGCACCACCACAGCAGCAUCAUCCGAUCCCACGACGAGGUAUCUCGAGCGAGCAAUUCAUAUUCCAACAGCAGCAAGCGAUGCUUCCCCAUCACGCCCAGAUGCAUACGCCUGCCAAUCGUGAUAUGCCGUUCGGGCAUGGUCUUCAUCAGUAUGGGGCCGCAGGCGGUAUGCAGCCGCCAGCGCGACCUAUAUCUCCACGUCACUUUGGACUGCUGCUCAAUAUUCUGACCGAGUUCAGAAACGAGGGCAAGCCUCGACCAUACAGAUCAAAGAUUGGCUCUGAACUCGUUCAACGCGAUCGAAUGGUAUACCAACGCGCAGGCGUCAGCGGCUUCAAAGACUACGUAGGCAUGGCGGAGCAAAUGGGCUACGUGCGCCUUGGCGGACAUUCUGGCAGCCCUGGCAAAGAGUGGAUUGAGCUGGUCGUUCCCGGACCAGGGGAGACAUGA